AGGUGUAGAAGCAGCUAAGGAUUUCAACAGUGUUGGAUUGCGAAGCUGCCCAAACAUUUGGCGCCGUCUGUGGGAAACUGAACAAGAAGUUGUGCAGCUUAACCUGCUGAAAGACAAAAUGGUUCGAACUUUUACAGGAGGUCGCCCCCUAAGAAAUGAGAUGGACGAACAGGAGGACGCUCAACCUGAACAGUUCCAAGUUCCAACAGGAACAAGACAAAGACCUUCUAGACCACACAAUUCACAGCAUGAACGACCUGAAAGGUCAACAGAACCUGCUCGGACAACCGAGCUCGAAGAGAGAACCAGAGUUCUCGAAAUGGCAAUGGGUAAAAUCCUUGCCCGCCUAAUCCCUGACGACCCCCUGAUUCCUUUGUUGAACAGGGAUGCACAACCAGCUGCAGUUGUUGCAACUCGAAACUCCCCCGCUCUAAGCAACAUAAUAGUACCGACCAGGCCAAGGGGAAGUGGGAAGCUGAAUAUCGAGUCCAGCUCGUCCAAACACAGUGAAGAGCUGAUGAGAAAGAACGCAGACCUUGAGAGACAGCUACAGGACGUACAAAAGUCUAUUGACGAGCUGAAAAGUCCCAGGUCGCAUCAACAGACUCUGGAUUUAGAUAGUGCCCCGCUAAACUUAUCCAUCACAGCAGAGCCGUAUCAAGAGGGAUUCAAAAUCCCCCACUUAGAGACGUAUGACGGCUUGGGUGACCCGGAUGAACAUUUACACACCUAUCAGGCCAUCAUGAGAAUCCAAAAUGCUAACGAUGCCAUGAUGUGCAAAGUGUUCCCGGCAACCCUAAAGUCAACAGCCAGAAGAUGGUACCAUAAACUCCCCAGACACUCUAUAGAUUCAUACUCCCAGCUCGCCAAGCUGUUCUCCAACAAAUUUGCAAGCCACAGGGAGAUUAAACGCACGGCGACCGAGCUGAUACAAGUUCACCAGAAAGAGGGGGAAUCUUUGAGGGACUACAUGCAGCGAUUUAACAAAGCUACUUUAGAGAUCGAUAACGUCCCUGAUACCAUCUGCUUGUCUGCCCUGCUGCACAGUCUGAAACGUGGCAGGUUCCUAGAUGACUUACUGGAAAAUCCACCAAAGACGUGGAACGAAGUCAAUGACAGGUCUCAAAUUCUGGCACAAAUCCAACACUGGAUUAGAAGGCCCCCACCCCCGUUGCAUGAUUCUCCGAGGGCAGACAAGAGCAAGCAUUGUGACUAUCAUCGUGUAUACGGUCACAACACAGAAGACUGCCAACACUUAAAGGACGAGCUGGAGUUCUUAGCUCGCACUGGGAAACUAGAGGGGUAUGUCCAAAAGCCUCACACCCAGCAAACAGCUCAAACCCACUUCGUGCAGGGGUAUGACCGACCUCAGGGGCAGAGGUACCAGCUCGGCAACACGCAGGACAUGUAUCAAGAUAAUCAAUACCUUUCCGAGCAGGGCAGAGCAUACAGGGGCCGCCAAUUCAAUAGGCGAGGCCAGGGUCAGAGACCUGCCGCCCAGAGCCAAAAGGACAGAAGAGGAGUUGGGUGUAGCGCGAUACCCCCGCCGUCCGGUACAAUCAAUAUGAUCUCUGGCGCAGAAUGGGAGGCUGCAGCUAUCACAUUCAGCCCGGCAGAUUAUAAGCGAGCAAACGGAGAACCCGACGUUGUAAUGCCUCAUGCAGAUCCAUUUGUAGCAACGGUCCAUAUAGGGAAUCAUAACGUCAACAAGAAAUAUGAGGGACCCAUCUACGGGUUUGAUAAUCAGCUCGUCCCGGUGGAAGGGGUCAUAACUCUACCCAUCUAUGUGGGCUCAGAACCGCGCUUUAGGAUGACUUCAGUCAGCUUCCUGGUCGUCAAAAUGGAGUCAGCCUUCAACGCCAUAUUAGGAAGGGCUACUCUGUGCGAGCUGAAGGCUGUUAUUUCACAACCCCAUCUCUGCAUGAAAUUCCCAACGCCUCAGGGAGUAGGGGUGCUAAAGGGGAAUCAGAGGAUGGCCAGGGCAUAUUAUCAGGAUACGUUUAAGAAGGUUGAGCUCGCUGUGGCCCCUAGAGGCUCUGAAAACAGUAAGCCAACCCAGCUCGGUCAACAGACAAUGAGUAUAUCAGACAUCGAGCAUCGACCUGAGGGCGUUAAGCAGAAGGCAGAGCCAGUAGAGCUAGUGGAGACAGUGUCUUUAAACCCGGAUGUACCGGAGAGAGUGGUGAAGAUCGGCACUAAGCUCACAGGGGAAGAGCAAGCAAAACUUCUGGAAUUCCUGAAGAAUAAUCAGGACAUGUUUGCGUGGACUACGGACGAAAUGCCCGGCAUUCCGGCGGAGUUGGCAGUCCACAAGCUCAGCACGGACCCCACUAAAAGCCCAGUGGUUCAAAAACAUCGCCUUUUUGGCCUCGAGAAGCAAGCUGCCAUUGACGAAGAGAUACAAAAGUUGUUACAAGCAGGCUUUAUCAGAAGAGUGGAGUACUCUGAAUGGGUGUCCAACCCUGUGCUCGUCAAAAAGCCAAAUGGCAAGUGGAGGAUGUGUAUUGAUUUCACUAACCUCAAUGAUGGUGUCCAAAAGACCCUCAUCCCUUGCCAAACGUCGAGAAGUUAUCAUCAGGUUCAGUUGUUGUUGGACGACCAGGAGAAAACAGCUUUCUACGCAGGUGACGCUAUUUAUUGCUAUGUGAUGAUGCCAUUCGGCCUGAAAAAUGCUGGCGCUACAUAUCAGAAGCUGGUACAAAUCAUCUUUAAGCUCCAGAUUAGCAGAAACAUAGAAGUGUAUGUGGAUGACAUGAUAGUCACCAGCGUGCGAGCUGAAGACCACAUAGACGACCUGAGGAAAUUCCUAGGAUACGUGGUAUCCAAGAAAGGAAUUGAAGUGAAUCCAGAGAAGGUUCAGGCCGUUCAACAAAUGGAGCCUCCCAAGACUGCGUUUGACGAGCUCAAACAGUAUCUGGCAUCGGCACCUAUGCUAUCCAAGCCCGCGGAAGGGGAAAGUUUAUGCAUGUACCUGGGGGUUACAAAAGAGGCAGUGAGCUCAGUUCUGCUCAGGGAAGAGAAUAAAAACCAGAAGCCCAUUUGCUAUGUGAGCAAGGUUUUGCAGGGUGCCGAGCAGAAUUACCCACUAGCAGAAAAGGCUGCUUUUGCCCUGGUUUACACAGCUCGUAGAUUGAGGGCUUACUUCCAAUCGCACCAGAUUGUUGUUUAUACCGAUUUACCAUUGAGAAAAAUACUGCAAAAACCUGAACUCUCUAGUCGGCUUAUUGGGUGGAGUGUCGAGCUGACAAUUAAGGAAGAAAAAGCACCCGAACACCUAGUCUGGGUUUUGUAUGUUGAUGGAGCAGCUAACAUUGAAGGGUUGGGUGCUGGGGCUGUGUUACUGGGCCCAGAUGGCUUUAAAUCCGAGCACGCACUGAGGUUUAAGUUUCAGACGACCAAUAACGCUGCAGAAUAUGAAGCCCUCAUUUACGGACUGAAGCUGGCGUCCGAGCUGAAAGUACAAAGCAUUCAGGACGUUAAUCCUCAAAGGUCAACAAUUGUCGAGGUACUCGAUGCACCGAGCUACACUGAUUUCGCAGUCGAGUGUCAACUGUUAAGCACAAAUCCCUCUACACCGAGUUGGACCACCCCGCUCAUAAAUUAUCUACAAAGUGGCGAGCUACCUGAAGACCUGUCCAUUGCAAAAGUGAUUAAACGUAGGGCGGCACAUUUCACUUUGAUAGAUAACCAGCUCUACAAACGAGCAGCCUCAAUGCCCCUAUUACGCUGCCUUACUCCUUAUGAAGCUGAAUACGCUGUGAGGGAGGUUCACGAAGGAGUAUGCGGCACGCACAUCGGUGGCAAAACUUUAGCUCGGAAACUCCUGAGGCAUGGUUAUUACUGGCCCACUAUGGUUGAGGACGCGCAGGACUAUGUCAAAAAAUGUCCGACCUGCCAGUUCAAUGCUGAUGAUAUACACAUGCCAGGGGAAAUGCUAUCAUCUCUUACGUCUCCCUGGCCCUUUGCUCAAUGUGGUGUCGACCUGCUAGGCCCUUUCAUCAAAGGCAAAAGAGGCUGCACUUUCCUGGUCGUUGCAGUGGAUUACUUUACUAAAUGGAUAGAAGCUAAAGCAUUGUCCACGACAACGGAAAGGAAAAUAGAAGAAUUCUUGUUCAAUUCAAUAUUGUGCAGGUUCGGCAUACCUCAGCGGAUUAUCGCCGAUAAUGGACCACAGUUCCGAGCAGCAGCACUGAGAUCGUUCUGCAACGACUAUGACAUUGAGCUCUCCUUGACCUCGGCCACGGGCGAAACCCCGUUCAGCCUGGCAUAUGGAGCUGAGGCCGUCAUCCCUGUCAAGGUCGGGCUACCAUCUGCUAGAUCAGAUCGUUAUGACGAUCAGAAUAAUGGGCAACUCUUAAGAGAGAACCUAGACCUAGUGGAGGAAGUCAGGGAAAUGGCUCGAAUUAGAAACAUGGCACACCAAGGUCGUGUAGCAAGAUUCUACAAUAAGAGAGUCCGAGCUUGUCAGUUUCAGGUUGGCGAUCUAGUAUUACGUAAGGCUGGAUUAACUAACACAUAUUCCCACAUGGGCAAGCUCGCCCCUAAUUGGGAAGGUCCAUACAUGGUUGCUUAAGUUAACCGACCUGGAUCUUACGUAUUAGCAGACAUGAACGGGCGCCAGUUACCGUUUACAUGGAACGUUCAGAACCUUAGAAAAUUUUACAGUUGAUUUGUAUUAUUGUGGAAAAUUUGAAUAAUGUAUGAGCAAUUAU